UUUUUUUUAACUCACCCAUACAUUUCUAACUAGUCAUUUUUAUUGCGGAUUGUGUAGUCUGUUCGGUAUUGGAUAUCAGGACGGUGUGUUUAAUGCACUCUUUGCUGUAUUUUAUACGAGGUCUCCUCGUCUCUGUGGUUCGUUCGUAGAACCAAGGAAUAAUGUAGAAGCACAUCGGCAUCCUAUAUUUUGCGCCUCGUACUAAAGCCAGCUUUCUCUUUCGUGGUCAUGAUCCCUCACUUUGGAGAAUACCUCACAUUCAAGUACAACCUCGUCGCUUCCCUCGAAUCUUUGAAGGAUCUUGCUAUAGUAAAAGUUCGCGAAGCUCCGGGGACCAAGACUGUCGAGUACAUACAGGUCUAUGACUCUGCUCUCUCUCCUCGCUUCAUCCUACUGGACAUGGUUGUAACAGUCUUGUCCAACCCCACUAUCCCAAGUAUCAGCAGGAAACGGACUGUUGUCAUCUUUGGGGAGGAUCCUGAAUGUAAGCAGGGAACGACGUUUAGUUACGUCCUCGACGAGCUUCUCUUCUCCUUGGUCACGAUCCUAGAACGUCCUCCUGUCCUUCAUUGCCCCAAAGAGCUUUCUAGUGCAGAUGAACUGUUGAAGAUCACCGUAGCUUCAUAUCUGGUUGACGCACAGUCACAUUUCUCCUUGAUGGCUAAACUCACCAACACGGGAUCGGUUCUUCGUCAUUCUCGAAAUCAACUUUGCAUAUCGUCAUGGUUAUCUUCCAGUUCAUCUACCUGGUAUGGGACCGAGGUCACGGUGAACGUCCUGGGCAGGGACGAAGGGCGAAGAGGAGAGAGUUGGGUUCGUAGCGCGCGUAUCACGUCCCCUCCCACCGAACCACCGACCAACAUAGAAUCUUUGCUCGGCUCGUAUUCUGCCAACUAUACUAUCGUUGCCGCUGGCCAGAACGAUUUACGCGGCAAAGUUGUUUUCCCUCGGCAUUGCGCAUCCGUUUUGCAUAGUCAUGAUUUCCGAAAGGCGCUUUGCGGUUACACCAUGCGGCUCGCAGGACGCUCAACGGAUGCAGAAUCGAAGAUAGCUCUUACCAUCAUCGCAGGAAUAAAUUUGCGGGGAAGAUCACGAAGAGAAAGGGGUGUGGUGAUAGAUACCAGUUUGGGGCCCAUGUCAAUGAGGCUUUUGGGAACUGUCCAAAGUAUAUUCCUCUCCGAGAGCUCGUGCCAUACCAAGGUUCACCGAGAGGGAUGGUUUACGACCAGCGCCAUCUUCCGAACGAAGAACUUCCCGAUUCCGUCGUCUCCUUCAUUCACUCCUGCGAUACGACCUUCUUUGGCACUACCUACGCUGCAACUGCGGAUGACGCGAGCCGAUUUCCAUCUCACCUUGACAAACGUACCCUCCCUCGUUCUCCCUGACUUUUCCGGGAACCGCAUCAUAACCCUCUGUCGGGAACGUCAAGGCCACAGCUCUUGCGUCUCUCACCUUUAUCUCGUUCACGAUGGGGGAUAUCCUUUACGUAACUGUCCCGCCCGAAAUCAUAUUGGACCAGGUGCGCAGAAGAUCAUUUUCCUUCAAGAGCGACUGACGACUAUUUAUGUGGCGGGGUACAUUUUCAUGAGGGACGCUCUUAGAAGUAUCACACUCCCAGAGCUCGACUAUCGCUACCUUCACGUGGGACUCCUCCUGCGACCUGGAUAA